AUGACCGACAUGGAGCGGGUCAAGGAGCCAGAGACUAUGCAUGGCGCUGUGCCUUCGACUGCCGGGACCGACGGCGUCCAGGGAGGAACUGAGUCCGUUACGAGCACCGCACCUCUUACUCGCGCUGCCGGAGAUAUCAAGGCCGAUGAGCAGGACGUCCACAGAAAAUCGGGAGGCUCAGAGUCGGUGGACAAGCAGCAGGAGACCACCCCUGGGGAAGAUGCGCCAGCUGCCGGACACGCAAAACAAUUUACAGUUGCCGGCCAGUUGAGAGCUACCCUGUUCAGCUCCUGGAUCAAUAUUCUCUUGGUUGCGGCACCCGCUGGAAAGACCAAAAAUGCUGACCCAUUGGACAGACCCCUUGCUGCAAUGCUUGGAUAUGGAACUGAAGAAAUCGCUAUGAGAACUGGAGAGACUGUUGGCGGUCUUCUUAAUGCCACCUUUGGCAACGCCGUUGAGCUGAUUGUGUCUAUCCUUGCGUUGUUCAAGAAUGAGAUUAUCAUUGUACAGACCUCGCUAAUCGGAAGCAUACUGUCUAACCUGCUGCUGGUCAUGGGCAUGUCCUUCUUCGUUGGAGGAGUGACCCGUAUGGAGCAGAAUUUCAACGUGACGGUAGCUCAAACUGCAUCCAGUCUUCUCGCAUUGGCCGUCGGCAGUCUGAUCAUCCCAACGGCCUUCCACACCUGGUCAGGAAGUACCAGCGUCAUCUUGCUAAUCGUGUACGGAGCCUAUCUGUUCUUCCAGCUCAAGUCCCAUGCUUCCAUCUUCAACACGCCCAGUGAGAAAGUAGAAAAGAGAUCAAAGUCCAAGAAGGUCGAGGAUGGUGAUGCUUCUAAAGGCAUUGCCCAGAUUGGAGCUGGUUUCUCUGCUUCCAUGGGCGGACAGAAUGCCCAGCAUAUCCCGGUGGUCGUCCCCGAGGAAGAAGAGGAACCCCAGCUCAGUAUAUACGUUGCCGUGUUUACUCUUUGCGCUUCUACUGCUCUGGUCGCUCUUUGCGCAGAGGCAAUGGUUUCCUCGAUCGACGCAAUCACGACUUCUGGUGGCAUCUCGGAAACGUUUGUUGGUUUGAUCCUGCUUCCUAUCGUUGGAAACGCGGCAGAGCACGCUACUGCCGUGACCGUGGCAGCGAAGGAUAAGAUGGAUCUCUCUAUCGGAGUUGCUGUCGGCUCGAGCAUGCAAAUUGCCCUUCUUGUGCUACCGCUUCUUGUAGUCAUAGGCUGGAUUGCUGGCUACUCCAUUAUAGGAAAGGAUGACAUGACCCUUUACUUUGACGGAUUCCAGGUCACAGUGCUCUUCGUCACCGUGCUUUUGGUCAACUACCUUAUCCAGGACGGAAAGUCACAUUGGUUGGAGGGAGUCCAACUCAUGACCCUCUACAUCAUCAUCUCAGUUGCUGCAUGGUGA